AAAAUUGAUAAUAAAAAAAACCUGGCCAAAUGAGAGCCUCUCAUAACGUGCAUAGAUCACUUGGAAACGAAGCCCUUCGUCCUUCCGUCCCUGCCCGCAAAUUCUCAACUACCACUUCUUCCAAUUCCCUCCCUCCGCCAUUCUGUCUUCUUUAUCAUCUCUUUCUUUCUGUUGUUACUACACUCAUCUGCUAGAACUGCCACCCAACCCGCAAAACCUCACUUUUUCCGCCCCUUCUUUCUCUCUGUGAUCGGCGCUGCGGGAUCCAAUCCAGGCUUCUGAUGGGCAUGGCAGAUAAUACUGGCAAUGACAUUGUUGUAUAUGUUAGUAAUACACUUGGAGAGCUUCCUGAUCAUCUGCUAAUAGAAAUAUUCAUCAGAAUACCGUUCGUGGAAUGGGUCCAGUUGGCUUGUGUAAGAAAGCAGUGGGCUGAUAUAUUUCGUGGGGAAUGCUUGUGGCAAGCUGCUAUUAUCAGAACAUUUCCCUUUGCUGCUCUAACUAAAAGAUGGCCUGGGCCGAUACCCCAAGGGUUGAGCAAACGGAGAUAUGCGGCUUUGCAUGUAAGUAAACACAUCUUUGGCAAGAUCGACGAAAUUGUGGGUCAUACUUACUUGUUUCUCAGAGAGCAACUUGAACGUUCGCCUGUGCCACCUCCUUCUGGCAUACUUCACGGAACAAUAAUAGAUCAGUUCAUUGCCUGUGGAAAUUCCAGAGAUACCGCUCAUGAGCUUGCUUCACAAAUCUGGCUGGCUGUUCUUAACAAUCUGGAGGAAAAUGAGCACACUUUCCAGUUACUUAAAUGCCUUGCUCAUGAAGGGGAUGUUUUCCUUCCCUAUCCAUACACGAAAUCCGUAAAGGUGCAGUGGAGGGUGUUUGAGAAGUUGUUCACCGACUUCCGUGAUUGUUUCAAUCAUUCGGAGUAUUACGAGGCCUUGGCCUGUGCAAAGAGCAGUACCAAUUCAACAUUGUCCGCAAUGCAAUUAGUAUCACAUGAUAGUCAUAACGAAGACAUUUCAGAAAGUGAACCCAUCUUGUCCCAUUCUGAUACUUCACCACAGGUUGAUGGAUCAUCCUCUUCACGUGAUAUCACUACAUUAGAACGAGAUAGUGAUGUCCAUGGCGAUGAUUUCCAAAGUGUUUUCAUAGAUGAAACUUGCCUUCUGGUCAACUCGGACCAGCCACAAUGCCGUAUAUGCCUUGAUUGUGAAGGUGAUGACUUAAUAGCACCAUGUCAUUGCAAAGGCACUCAAAAGUAUGUCCAUAGAUCAUGUCUAGAUAAUUGGAGGUCCACUAAGGAGGGCUUUGCUUUUGCUCACUGUACUGAGUGCCGGGCGUUAUUUGUACUGCGUGCAAAUGUUCCUCCUGACCGCUGGUGGUUGAGAUUGAAAUUUCAGUUCCUUGUUGCCCGGGACCACGCGUUCAUUUUUAUUGCUGUUCAGCUGAUUGUUGCUAUUUUGGGGGUUCUGGUGUACAGAUUUUAUGGAGAGGAACUCAGAGAAAUGUUUGGCUACGAAGAGCAUCCUUAUGGAUUUUACACUAUGGGGGUUUUGGCUAUUGUCCUUGUGGGCUUGCUCUAUGGUUUCUUCAUUGCCAUAAUAUGUGGUCAAAGGAUCAACGAGCGCCAUUAUCAUGUUCUUGCCAAACAGGAGCUAACAAAGGAAUAUGUGGUUGAAGACCGAGACGCAAGCAAGAAUGUGACUGAACUUGAUCCAAGCCACGUUACAGAGCUCCAGAUGUUAGGCCUCUUCUAAUUUGGAGGCUCCUCUCGUCUCGGCUCUUCAUGAUGCUAGUGCAACCCUGGUGAUGUAGCUUUCGAAUUCCACCAUACUUCCUCCUCGUUCUAUAUAUGGAUGCUGCACAACAAAUAGGAUCCAGGUCAGGCCCUGCUGUUGCCUACUAUAUAUGAAACGUUUUCUCUCGGCACAAGUAUCUCAAUCAAAACCUGCACAGUUGACAACCGAUGCGACUGGUUUUCUUUCGUUUUAUUUAUUUAUUACAUCCUUUGUUUUUGCUUCGGUGACUUCUGAGUUCCAGCAAACAACAGAAGAGAAGUACAGUAGAGCUCAUCCAUAGUAUAUGGAAAUGGGAACUUUCUUUUGUUUAUAAAUUCGGACAGAGCUUCUUUUUUCCUUUACAUUUUUAUUGUACAUAGUUUUGCAUUUGCAAUCAAGAUUCAGGAUCAGGAGAUAGUCUGUUGAGCGUUGUUUGUUUGCUGAACCAAAAAAAAAAAGGGUUAAUUCUCUUAUCCUGUUAACUUAUAUGUUAAUUUUCUGAUCCUGUAAGUAAAUCACACUAUCCUGGAUCAAACCCUUCUUAUUGUGCCUUUGAAAUUGCCACUAAGCUAUCAUGUACAGCUCAAAUUGUAAUUAUAAUGUGAAUGUGGAAUCCUUAUUUAGGUGUUGAGGUUUUGCUGCAAUGACCUAAAUGUUAAGGUUUGAGUAUGGUAAGAUUUACUCCCUUACACUUCACAUCAAUGGGGCAACU